CAAGUAAUCGUUGCAUUUUUAAGCAUACUUCAAACAGUCAUCAUAUUUUUCCUAAGUUAUAAAGGUAGUACAUUUCGGGUUGUUUUAAAAUUGCAUUUUCUACUGGAGUUAAUAACAAGCAUGCCAUUAAUCGCUACAAUAUUUGUACCACUUGGACGUAAACUUUAUGUGCCAAUAUUUUUAAAUUGUUGGCUUGCUAAAAGUGCUCUUCAAGCAAUUAUGCAUGAUUCAAAUCGUAUUUCAACUUCAGUUGGACGGUCAGCUUUGGUUCGCCAAAUGGUCAUUUUAUUUUCCACCUUACUAUGCUUGGUAUUCACGGGUACAUGUGGUAUUGAGCAUUUACAACGAGCUGGUGAACGACGCUUUGACCUUUUUACUUCGUUUUAUUUUGUUAUGGUCACUUUUUCCACUGUCGGUUACGGUGAUUGGUACCCGGACACAUGGAUGUCCAGACUUUUUGUUGUUAUCCUUAUAUGUAUUGCAUUUGCUAUACUUCCAAAACAGAUUGAAGCACUUGGGCAAACAUACGUGGAACGACAGAAAGCAGGUGGGGAAUAUACUGAAAGUUGGGCCAGUAAUGAGAACCAUGUAGUAGUAACGGUGACACAUUUGGAGGCUCAAUUUAUCCGAGAUUUCCUCAGUGAAUUCUAUGCCUAUCCUGAACAUCAAAAUUAUUUGGUAAUCUUACUGUCACCAUGUGAAAUGGAUAACCGGAUGCGAAUGCUUCUCAAAAUACCCAUGUGGUCAACCAGGGUACUGUAUAUCCGAGGCUCUGCACUAAAGGAUGACGAUCUCGAAAGAGCAAAAAUGGCGAGUGCAAGAGCAUGUUUCAUCUUAUCAGCAAGGCAUGUCUAUCAAAAAACAAAAACGGAUGAACACACAGUUUUACGCUCAUGGGCGGUGAAAGAUUUUGCUCCCGAUGUUCCGCAAUAUGUACAAAUUUUCCGUCCGGAAACAAAGAUGCAUUUGGAGUAUGCCGAAUUUGUGGUUUGUGAAGAUGAAUUCAAAUAUUCUCUUCUUGCAAAUAAUUGCAUCUGUCCGGGUAUUUCAACAUUUAUUACACUUCUACUACAUACUUCUCAUGGAAAAGAAGGUCAGAAAUCGGCGGAAGCUUGGCAUAAAGUUUAUGGAUUCCAUUCUGGCAAUGAAAUUUAUGAUAUUAAAAUUGCGAAUAGUCAAUUUUUUAGUGAUUAUAUUGGGAAAUCAUUCAUUUAUGCUUCUUUUCAUGCUUAUCAAACGUAUGGAGUUGCCUUGAUUGCAAUCAAAUCAGAAGGGAUGUUUGAGAAAAUCCGGCUCAAUCCGGGUCAGUACUACUACUUGCAUCCUAUGGAUACUGCAUAUUACAUAGCGUUAACUAAUGAAGAAUCAUUGUAUGAUUUCCGGAAAGGAUUAAAUGCACAACGACAAAAGGCAAAUUUAGCUGCAGCGAUCGCAAAUAUUGGAAGUGUAACGCUUGAUUUACAUGGAUUAGAAGAGAAUAAUUUAAAAACGCAUAAAAAACGGAAACGACUUUUGUACAUUAAAGGAGAUGAUGACGUGGAUGGGACGUCGAAACUUUUAAACACAAAUGAAUCAUUCGAUCGAAGACCUAGUAUUGGUGAGGUUUUGGAAACAACUAUUGAAUCUGAUGAAUCUGACGUAGAAUUUCAGCUUUGUACAAUCUGUGCUUCUCACGAGGAAUGUAUUGCCAGAAAGACAAUAAAAACCUAUCCACCGUUGGCCUCAUACUUUGGUACUGGAUUUACAAUCUGCCAUAUACUCAAAGAGAAAAGACUAAUUUGUUGUCUGGAAAUUGCAUCUGCUUGUGAGCAUUGCCGUUUCCGGACGGCAAAUGAAUAUCACUGGAAUAGUCCGGCAGUGAUUGUGGCCGCUGAUCAGACAUGUUCCGGCUUGUAUAAUUUGAUUAUACCUUUACGCGCUUAUUAUCGUCCUGUGCAUGAACUUCAACCCAUUAUAUUUUUGCUUGAAUUGCAAGAAACAGAAAGGCCAAAUCCAUCAUUUUUAGAUGUGAUUGCAUGGUUUCCUUUUGUUUAUUGGAUGGAAGGUAAAAUAUCAAGUUUGGAUAGCCUUUUGAAAGCAGGUGUUUGUCUAGCGGAUAAUGUAGUUGUUGUGAAAGAAGGUGCAACAGCAGUUGAAGAGCACUUGGCUGAUUGUACGACAAUUCUAACAGUACAAAAGAUACACAGAAUGUUUCCAAGAUUACGAAUCAUCACAGAGCUUACUCAUGCUAGCAAUAUGCGUUUUAUGCAAUUUGAUCCUGAUGAUCGUUAUGCUCUUCAGCAGUCUAAAUAUGAAAAGAAAGAACGUAAUCGUGGAUCCUCAAUGCCAUAUAUGUUUCGAUUACCAUUUGCGCAAGGUGGUGUUUUCUCCGCAAAUAUGCUCGAUCGUUUACUAUAUCAAGCACAUGUCAAAAAUUAUGUAGUGGAUUUUAUUCGAUUACUACUUGGUAUUGAUCAAUCUAAAGGCUCCGGAUAUCUUACUAGUUUCAAAAUAACAUCAGAUGAUCUUUGGAUAGGAACAUACGGUCGACUUUAUCAAAAGCUUUGCGCAUCUGUCGCUGAUAUACCGAUUGGAAUAUACCGAACGAUGCAAAUGGAUUCUGAAGUGAAAUUAGAAGUUUCAAAAGAUGACAUGGAAAGAUCCAGAAAGAGUAAUAAAAUGAAUGUGUCGGAUUUGGUGCAUUGUACAAUGCAAAAAUUAGGCAUACCUAGAGAAAACUAUGAGUAUGAUGCGAAAUUGGGCACAAUUUCAUAUGUAAUUAUUAAUCCAUCGCUUGACAUUACUCUUGAAGCUGGAGAUAUUGUAUAUGUCAUAAAAGCACCAAUAAGUGAAGAUGCUGCUAACCAACAGCGCACAGAUCCGCGACGAGGUUUACAACGACAAAAAUUUAGUCUUCAGACUCCUUCCUAUAAUGUGAUAUCAGAAGAGGAACCAAAGAAGGAAGAAGAAAGUUAAUAUGUUUAAGUGAUAUCAAUUUGAUAGUAUGUACGAAAUGUGCACUUUAGCUGAUAUUUUGUUUGACAAAUUGUAAUGGUCAAUCAAGUGGACUUCACAAGACAUUGUCAUUUUAUCAAACAUUGACUUUCUGCAGAUAACUUCAGCAUUACAUAUAUUUGCUUCUUAUUUAUCGCUUCAGUAUAUCAUUUCGAUCUCUGUGGCGCAAUUAGCUAUUUUAUGCUCAUAAUUGUUUUCAUUCAUCUGUUCUAUCCAGUCAUAGACUAAAUUUCAAAUAGCAUAAUGACAAAGUAAAUGAUGUCAACUUAUAAUUAUUUGCAUAAGAAAACCAUAGACAGCAUAUUACACUAGCAUUUUUUGAGCGCUUUUUCUCCGAUAUCAUUUAGUCGAUGUGUUGUCACCAAUUAAUAGUACAUUACACGACAAUAUGAAGAGUUGAACUGAAAGUUCUCUUGUCACCAAAAAGUCAAGUAUACAAGAAUUAAUUUGAACUAAAAUUGUUAAUAAUAAAUUUAUUUAAGUAAUAUCCUUUGCUAUCGCUAUUGUUAUGAAUACAUCGCUAUUGUUCUGGAACUUUGUUAUCAUAUCCUUUAUUCC